AUGCACAGACCCCUUCACAUCCUAGCUGUCCUAUCUGUUUUACAAACAUCAAAGUUAUUAGAGAGGAAGCCACUCUUGCAUCUGACAAGUAUCAGAUGGUGUCAAAGAUUUAUUCUCUUAUUGACUCUAAGAAAAAAGCAUCUCAGCAAAGCAAUGAUAUGGUAAUUGAUGAUGAUACAGAAUUGGAGUAUAUAAGAGAAUUGGAUAUUAUAAGGGAUACUUCUCUUGUGGAUCAAAUCAGGCUACCCAUUGUGAUCGAGGAUACUAGUAAUUCCGAGGAUCAGACUGAUAAUAUCACUAUGAAAAAAAACGAUACUCAAACUCGUUCAUCUGGACAAACAUCUCCUAAGAUUACUCGUGAUCAGGAUAGUGAAACUAGUGUUAAGACUCAUAAAUUCCAGGGUUUGAUUCAGGAACUAUCUACAUCCGUCAAAGGUGUCCCUGAUGAUAACGAGGAAGGUGAGGAACUUGAUGCAUUAGAUAAUCAGGAAAAAUAUUUAUGA